AUGGAUGAGCCGCCAGCAUCAACAUCAAACCCAGCAGCACCAACAGCAUCAAGCUCAGCUCACCAGCAGCAGCCGCAAGACUGCGAUCCAAGAAGAGCUCUCGUCCCCUCAAUUGAAUUCAGUGUCGAGUCCGGAGAUAUCGAUCCCUUCUCUCCAACCCCGCACGCCAGAGACGGAUUGCUCCCUUCGCGCACGGCAGGCCGCUCACAAUGCUCCGAUAGCUCUCCUCUUGCUCACCUUCGCACCCCAUCCACUCCACUGGGGAUUCCAACUCCCUUGUCUGUCAUAGGCGCGUCAGACUUGCAUCUUCCUUCUGGAUCGCCCCGUAUACUCGAGCCGGAACCGCUUUGGCAUCGCAGAGAUAGAACUUCACAGGUCGAUGAGCUUCGACAUGUCCCGAACCCUCCAAACACGCCAACCAAGCUAGCUUUAUCACCAUCUACCCUUCGUCACGCUCUUUCAACCUCCACGUCAGUUACUCUACCCGCAAUCAGAGCGGUGGAAGCAAUACAUUCUCUCCCUUCGCUCUCAACCAUCACAUCUGCGGUCCCUGAGAUGCAAAACACCUCCGACAUUGCCGGCACCCCGCAUCAGCGCGAAAGCAUGACUUCCAACGCGGUAGAAGACAAUACCUCAGCUGCAGCUCCUAUUGCUGCUCAGAGGUUGGUCCCUUCAGCAGCCGAGAACUUUUGCCCCGAUGCGCGUCAUAUUUUGUCCAGUAGCCCGGAGUCAAUAAAGUACUGGGAAGCCAUAUUGGACCGCUGCAAUACUAGCACUCGCAUAACUAAGCCUCACAUUGGGCAAAGAGACGUAUUUGUGGUAGGAAAUAUCACUAUUAAGAGUGAUCACCUCGAUCCUGGUGGAGGGAGUGGUUAUCAUCUGCUUGACGCAAACGAAGUCGCUGCAGUGAAGUUGGUCAAAGAUGCGAUCCCGGACAUCCAAGUACCACAAACCUACUUUAACUCAAAGAUUAGAGGCCACGAUAUUUUGAUACAAUCUCGCAUUCCGGGGCGGCCUCUCAGUGAAAUAUGGCCCUUGCUCACAACUCCGCAAAAGGAGAGCUUUAAAAGUCAAGCUCGUGACAUCAUCUUGAAGCUACGUCGAAUAACGCCUCUCACCUUAAAAUACCCCAGAUACUUUGUGGCUGGUUCAGAGAAGGAGAGUCAACGGAAAUUGUCCGCAGAAGAAGUCCAUAGCCUCUCACCCACUGACACUUGCGAGGACCUCGGUGUGGCCCAUAAUGAUAUGAUCAUGUCCAAUAUCACUGUGGAUAAUGAUAGAAUAGUCGGUCUUAUCGGGUGGUCGAAUGCUGGCUAUUUCAAUUGGAGAACUGUCAGCAGAAUCCACGCAAAGGUUAGAUGCGUAGACCCCAAGACCAACGCACCUAUUCCAGAGUAUCACGAACCAGAGGUUCCAUGGCACGACCUCUAUGAACAUACACAGGAAUCUAAGAGGACUGAAUUUGAUGAAACAGCUACUCCUAAAGUUUCCACGCCGACAACGGAACCAAAUCCGCUUCUACCAUCAGAAGAAGGUUCAUCACAAACGCCUGCUCUCACUCCCAGAAAAGUGGCAGACAUGAAACGAAGCUCCGUAUCACGGGCGUCCUCAGUUGACCGCUCAUCACCAGCUCCAUCACUGAAUUCUCAGCCAGUCACAAAGAAGAAAGGACCUAGCGCUGCUUCUAUCAAGAAGGGGACAGCCAAACGUACACCAGCGGCGAGCAAGAAGCGAAAAAUAAACGAGAUUGCUGACGUGGAGGAUGCAAAAUCUUCUCCCCUAGCUAAACCAUCAACUCAAAGAAAUAAGAAGCAGGAUUCUCAGUCAGCUGCCAGUUCACCUGCACCAGAACACAAAGCGCUGAAGAAGGCUCGUUUACGGCGUGGCAAGUUGAACACUGACGAUGACGAUGAGGAUAUAGAUGAAUCUGCUUUGUUUUGCAUCUGUCGUAAGCCAGAUAACCAUACCUGGAUGAUCGCGUGUGAUGGAGGCUGCGAGGAUUGGUUCCAUGGCAGAUGCAUGAAUAUUGAUCCAAAAGAUGCCGACUUGAUUGAUAAAUACAUCUGCCCAACUUGCGAAACAAAAAGCCCUCUACGUACAACUUGGAAGCCAAUGUGUCGCCUUCGCGAAUGUCGCCAGCCGGCCCGAGUUGAUGCAAAACCACCUAGCAAGUAUUGCUCUGAUGAGCAUGGGAUAGACUACAUGAAACAAGCAAUGUCUCGAGGCUCAAGGCAGCCCAGCUCCAGUGCUGAUGAACAGAGCAACAGAAGGUGCAAAAACGAGGCGAGCAGAGGUGGAAUACUCAAUCUGGGAGAACUCAAGUCUGUUGUUUCCAAGGUCGACUCAGCCGACCAAUUUCGAAAACUUGGUGCCAGCCCGCUAUCGGCUCAUCAGGAGGAAGUUCAAGCUCGACUUUCAGACGCCAUGGCUGCCCCCGGCCCGAACCAGAGCGAUUUAGAGACCAAAGAUGUAAGUUUCGAUUUCGAAGCGGAUAAAGUUGCAUUCUCCUCUAGCGAACGCCAACGACUCAACCAGCUUCGAAAGGAGAAAUUGAGACUUGACAAUCGUAAGGAGAUGCUUCAAGCCCGGGAUAACUUCAUCGUUAUUGCUAAGCAAAGAGUGAAACAUGCAUUUGACCGCCUUAAGGCCCAUGGCUCAGUUGGCAAUUUACAGCUCAAAGACAUUUGUGGCUUCGAUAACCGGUUCUCCCUCUCUGACGAAGAAUUCGAUGAAUGGCGGAAAUCCGAAAAGGGGGCUCUGUUGCUCGCUGAUUUUUCCGCUCAGGACAAUGCCGGAGAAGCCAGCCCUCAGUUGAAAAAGGCAGUCGAUACCGAAUCAAUUGAAGAGCUACUCCAGACUUUGUGCUUGAAAAAGCGUUGCGAGCGCCAUAAGCAAUGGACUAAAGUUAUGCAGCAAGAAGUGCUUUUUGAGCAAUCAAUUUUGAAGGAGCAGUCUGAUAAAUGUCACAAAGAUGCCGAGGAGUUGGUCAAGAAGGCCGUUCUCAGGAUGUUCAGCAGCGAGAACUAG